CUCAAGGUGGAACCUUGGAUAUGCACACAGAAUCGGGUCAAAAAGCACUUCGAAUUUCUGGCCUUCAUGACAAGUUUGAGGCUGCCUGCAGUCGAGAGGCCGACGUGAUGCUCAUGCGAGACAUUUCGAGGGGAGAUUGGCACCGAACCAAAGAUAUUUUAUUAAAAGGAGAUAGCUGGAUUAUUCAGACUAUCAAGGAUUCUGGGUUGCGAGGUCGAGGUGGUGCUGGCUUUCCGAGUGGACUCAAAUGGAGCUUUAUGAACAAGCCAAACUGGCAAGCGGAUAAACGCCCUCGAUAUCUCGUGGUGAAUGCAGACGAAGGAGAACCAGGAACAUGCAAAGACCGUGAAAUCAUGCGAGGAGACCCACACAAACUCGUCGAAGGUUGUCUCGUCGCAGGACGUGGAAUGAACGCCAACGCAGCCUACAUUUACAUCCGCGGCGAGUUCUACCUCGAAGCCCAACGCGUCCAACAAGCGAUCGACGAAGCGUACAAGGCGGGGUUGAUCGGCAAGAACGCCUGUGGGUCCGGAUUCGAUUUCGAUAUCUAUGUGCAUAGGGGUGCUGGUGCUUAUAUUUGUGGUGAGGAGACGGCGCUGAUUGAGAGUAUUGAGGGCAAGCAGGGCAAGCCGAGAUUAAAGCCCCCGUUCCCGGCUGAUGUUGGAUUGUUUGGGUGUCCGACGACGGUGGCGAAUGUGGAGACGGUUGCGGUUGCACCCACGAUUUGUCGAAGGGGUGCACCGUGGUUUGCGUCGUUUGGACGGGAGAGGAACCAGGGGACAAAGUUGUUUUGUAUCUCGGGACAUGUGAACAAUCCUUGUGUUGUGGAGGAGGAGAUGAGUAUUCCGCUCAAGGAUUUGAUCGAGAAGCAUUGUGGUGGUGUUGUUGGGGGGUGGGACAAUUUGUUGGGUAUCAUUCCCGGUGGAAGUUCUGUACCCAUUCUUCCCAUCAAGCACAUGGACUAUGACUCGCUCAAGGACGCACAAUCUGGUUUGGGAACGGGAGCUGUCAUUGUGAUGAACAAGAGUACAGAUGUUGUCGCUGCUAUCGCUCGUUUCGCCAAGGACGCGGUCACCAACGAGAAAUCGACAUGUUGCUCGAGAUCACGUGCGUCAACCCCCUUUUUCCUUCCUACUUUUGCUCACACACUCCCAGGAAACAAGUUGAAGGAAGAACGAUUUGUGCUCUUGGUGAUGCAGCAGCCUGGCCCAUCCAAGGACUCAUGCGCCACUUCCGUACGACCUGAGGUGGAGCGCCGAAUUGCAGAGUUCCGCGAGCUGAACGGCCCCGUCAUGUUUGGAGGCAAGUUGUUGAGCCAAGUAGACGACAGGACGCUUGCAUUACCGGACAAUCUGGGUGGCAACCUCGUGGAGAGUGGUGAUAAGCACGUACCCGAAGGCAAGAACGCGAUCGGUGUCUAA